AUGAGUGUCCGCAGCCUGCAGCCCGACCAUGAUUGCUAUGAGCUGUCAGGGACCAGCACCAACGACACAGACGAGCAGGAUCUCGACCUUCCUUUUUACAUAAAGUCCUACGCCUCCAAUGACGACCUCCAAGCCCAUUUACUCACCGGAAACGCCCUGCUGGCCAGUGCUAAACCUGACCACUAUCGACUACCUUCGUUAGCUCCAACAUGGCUGCGCAAGCAAUAUCUCCUCAGACGAAUGCGCACGAAGCGCUUUACUCGCCGGUGUUCAUGCUCUCCGAGAUCCUUUGCUCGGAAGUUUGCCUUGUUUUGUUAUACUUUCAUCACGACUAUUGUCGUCAUUGUACUGGUGGGAGGCGUUUUCUUCCCAGGCUACACGCACUUGCCAGCCCAUUAUAAAGUCUUGAAGCAACAGGUGCUGGCCUCUGACGAUCCGGGACGUGCAAACCUGCAGGGCCAGAAGGUCUUUAUUGCAGCCAGCCUAUCUGACAAGGAAGGGAAGCUGUUCUCGGGCGAUUGGGCUAGGAAUGUCCUGGAAUUGAUUCAACUUCUGGGUCCUGACAAUGCCUUCUUGUCGAUAUACGUCAAUGACUCUGGCCCAGAAUCGAAGCGGACCUUGGAAGAAUUCGAGCGUCAUGUUCCUUGCGAGCACGAUUUGGUCUUUGAGGAUCAUCUGGAUUGGAGUCAACUCGAGCAUGUAACGCUUCCGGGCGGUUCCCAGCGUGUGAAGCGCAUUGAAUACCUGUCCGAAGUUCGCAACCGAGCCUUGCUCCCCCUUGACAAGUCUACCACCGUAUUCGAUAAGCUCCUCUACCUGAACGACGUCUACUUUCGCCCACUAGACGCUGCACAACUUCUCUUCUCGACCCAUACAAUUGCCGAAGGCCGAGCGGAUUAUCGGGCAGCAUGUGCGGUGGAUUUCAUCAAUCCUUUCAAGUUUUACGACACCUAUGCCACCAGGGAUAUGGAAGGUUAUGGUAUGGGUCUGCCGUUCUUCCCUUGGUUUUCCGCCAAUGGUGAUGAGCAGAGUCAUCAGGAUGUCUUGGACGGCACAGAUGCUGUCCGAGUCAAAAGCUGCUGGGGUGGCAUGGUAGCAUUCGAUGCUGCAUUCUUCCAGAGCCAGCCCGGCUCGGAGCACAUCAUGACUGCUGGGAACCAGAGCCCGAGUAAUGUUAGUGCGCCGUACCGAUUUCGGGCCGAGAAGGACACUUUUUGGGAUGCAUCGGAAUGUUGUCUAAUCCAGGCAGAUAUCCAAAAUCCCGAGCACGGGAAGUCGGGUAUCUACAUGAACCCAUUUGUUCGGGUCGCAUAUGACACCAAGACGCUGUCCUGGUUGGCAUUUACGCGGCGGUUUGAACGACUAUAUACUCCAAUCCACUGGCUUUUAGAUUUCAUCACCAACACACCACGCCAUAACCCACGACAACAUGAGGAGCCCUGGCAGCCAGUUGUGGAAACAGUCUGGCUUCCAGAUAGCAGUCUAGAGCAAGGUGGUUCUUUCCAAGAAAUACCCAGGCUUGCCACGCAUGCGGGAUUCUGUGGCCGGCGAGGGCUUGCAGUGAUGAAAGAAAACGUUGAUAUUGUUGAAGGUGAACAUAACUGGGAGAAGAUCUCAGUACCUUCUUGA